AUGCGUGCCUCUGCUCUCAUUGCUGCUUGCCUGCUAGCUUCUGGCGUGUCGGCUGAGAACUAUCUCGGUUUCAACUCGGGCAACACGCUUCCCGAUCGUUCUGCCAAGUUCAAGAAAGACUUCAAGGCCGAGUUCGAGACCGCUCAGAACCUCGAGAAUGCCCCAGGGAAGUUCAAUUCCGUCCGUCUAUACACCAAUAUCCAGGCCUACUCGACCGAUGAGCCUAUCGAGGCUUUCGAGGCCGCCAUCGAGACCAAGACUAAGCUACUGCUGGGCAUCUGGACGUCCGGAACCGACAGCAUCGAAAAUGAGCUCAGUGCCCUCAAGAAGGCCAUCAAAAAGUAUGGCAAGGACUUCACUGACCUCGUGAUUGGCAUGUCGAUUGGCAGUGAGGACCUCUACCGCGUCUCCGAGACGGGCAUCAAGAACAAGGCCGGCGUUGGUGCUGGUCCCCAGACCCUGAUCAAGUUCAUUAACGACUACAAGAAGGCCAUUGCCGACACUCCCCUAGCCAGUGUCCCUAUUGGCCAUGUUGACACCUGGGAUGCGUGGACCAACAGCUCCAACAAGGCGGUUAUUGAUGCUCUUGACUGGAUUGGUGUUGACGAGUACCCCUACUACGAGAAUGGCAAGGGCAACAACAUCAAGAACGCAGGCAGGCUCUUCGACCGUGCUUAUGCCGCUGUUGAGGCCGCUGCUGGUGGCAAGCCCAUCUGGGUCACCGAAACCGGCUGGCCGUACACUGGCCCCGAUUGGGAUGAGGCCGUUCCCAGUGUUGAGAACGCCCAGUACUACUGGCAAGAGGUUGGCUGCCGCAAACUGUUCAACAAGGUCCCCACUUUUUGGUACAACCUCCGCGAUUCCAACCCCGACAACGAGAUGAAGUUCGCCAUCACCAAGAACCUGUCAACAAAACCCCUGUUCGACCUGACCUGCCCGACCAAGUUCGAAACCCCCGACUACGAUCCUAAUGAGAGUGCUUCCGCUACGACCCCUGGUGCUACUGCUACUGGCUUCACCACCGUUGUCAGCACUGCUACUCCGACCGGCUCUCCUGCCUCUGAGUCUGGCAGUAAUGGUUCGGACAGCUCUGCUGAGGAGAACAGCGGUUCCAUGGGCAAGGGCUUGUCAAUGGCUGCCAUUGGCAGCCUGGCUCUCGUUGCUGGCGUCUUUGCUCUGUUCUAA